UGACUCGUGACCCGGCCUAGGGCCUGGUCACGAGUAAUUAAGCUUAGAAUGUUUUGAUAAAAAGUUUUUAUUUUGAAAUACUUAUUGAAAUAUUCAGUAGACUUUUGUAUUUACGCUUGGGUGAAGUAAACAACGAUGGGGAACCCYCAUGUAUUUUGAAUUCAUAAAUCACAUAAUAGCGAAGCCUCGAUUUGAGCUGCGUCAGCCAUUGGUUGAUCACACCCUUUGAUAAAUGCUUACUUGCAAAUACUUCCCUUACAUUGAGACACAGUCUGGUUUGGGUGCGUCAACUACGAUUCCCCGGCAAAGAUGUAAAAACUUUAGGAAUURGUGCAAAAUAACAACAGACCGGUUUGGUCUAUGAAGUUCCAAGCGGCAGUUACUUCWAUAUAACGAAAAAUGCUCCUUUUUCCACUAAUACUUCUGCUACAGACCUCUUCAACCGCUUUAAGAACAAACAAAAUAUGCAUCCAAGAAAGAGGAUAUACACUUAACACAUCCACAGCAAAACGUGACGACUUUUACCAAGCUUGUACCAGAAAAUGCAAGACAUGUUCUAAACCYUUCCCUCCCGACCCUCGUUUCAAAGGGAGGUACUCUUUCCCUGUCAAAAGUAUAGGCCGCAAAAACUGCGAUGAUCCUGAAGCAAUUGCAAUGAUUGAAAAGGGGAUACCCUUAAUCCUGAAGAACUGCUCAUUCGCAAGAAGUGCACACAAGUGGACUGUUGACUAUCUUAACGAAAACUUAAAAGACAAAGAUCACAUCACUUACGUCGCAAGUCAACGAAGAUUUCUAUUUUACGAUGAGGACAAACUUAUCGACAACUACAAAAAUUGGACACCACCCCAUGAGAAACGAUUAAUGUAUUUUCAUGAAUUCUUAAAGAUGGCUCGUGCUCUUAAGAAAGCUAACAAUGGGACGCUGUCRUACUUCCAGUCCCCACUCUACAAUAUCGAGGGAGUAAGCCCUGCGCUAGAGAAAGACAUCAACGCAUUCGACUAUUCCUGGCUUCUGGAUAUUGUGUCACGGCUAGGGUGGGGAGAUGAGGUGAUCAACCUAUUGUUUAUUGGAAUGUCCGACGUAGUCACGCCAGCUCACUACGACAUUCUAGAAAACUUCUUCGUUCAGAUAGCAGGCUACAAACGAGUUAUUCUCUUCCGUCCUGACUACUUCAAAAGUCUGUAUCCAUUUCCGGUUGGACAUCCACAUGACAGACAGUCUCAGGUGAAUUUUGAUAAUCCAAACUUCGAGAAAUUYCCCAAUUUUCUCGAUAUAGARGGUUUAGAGGCUGUGGUAGGCCCCGGUGAUGUCCUGUAUAUACCGAUAUAUUGGUGGCAUUACGUAGAGAGCGAACGGAACAACAUGACAGUAUCGGUGAAUUUCUGGUUCAACCAUAAAAAUGACACAAUGGAGUCGACUUUGAACGGAACAAAUUCAGCGACCCAUUUUACGAACCACUUAAAGAACGUCACUCCACACUCAGCUAAAAGAACGUCAGUUGCUGGAAUAGAAGACUUGGUAUUGAAAAGAGAGAUCGAAUCAUUGAUAUAUGAGACGACGAAGGAUCAUAGUAAGGUYGUUCAAGUGUUGAAAGAAAUAAUUGCAGGACGAUUUGGGUUCGUUGAAAAGGGUACAAGUGCGUCUAACCCCUGACUCUGAGGAUAAGAGACAUUAACAUUCGAGCAGUCAGUAUAGGCGAUGUAUAUUAUACCAUGUUUUGUAGUAAUAUAAUUUGGCAUAAAUGCAUAUAAAUGUGCACAAUUGUUAAAUUAACAAAUUUUUAUGARCGAUAGAGAAGCACUUGCCAUUAUUCCUAGUGCGCACGUUACGUCUUCGCCGCCAUAUUGGAUGAAGAUAACGAAGCAUUGCUCACUAGUUUCUCUUGCUUAUUCAUAUAUGAYGGCGGCAUCUCUGUUGUUUGUUGCUCUUUGUUAAGGCCCGUUAAMACUUGCGAUUUUGCAGAGCGAUUCUCGCGGCGAUCGUCGCGCGACUUCGCUGCAACUUCGCGGCGAUUUUCCAWCGCCGCAACAAUCGCGAUUUGAACGUUGCRCGACAGCAAAGUAGCGAUUAUCGCGCUGCAAAAAUAGCAAGUGUAAACAGAGCUUUACAGGGUUACACCCGCCAUUUUGGAUGACAAAACAUUCUUCUUUAGUUUCUCUUUAUUUAUCMAACAUGGCGGCGAAAGCUUUGUUUUUGGAGUGGUUGACAUAAGCCUAUGAAAAAAAGGGUAAUAAUGUUUGAUGCACCGACGACACAAAGAAAAACGUGCAAAAUAUAGGCAAUAAAGUGUAGUUAUUGUAGAGUGAGGACAAAAAAUCCGUGAAAUAUAUAGAUAUUACACUAAUAGACAAUGCUGUAAUCGUAUUGUUUUCUUAUAAUGUGUCUAUUUGACUAUCACAA